CUAUGGAAUAGAGUUGAAGGCAUCGAUGCAAAUGUGGAGCACAAGAAGUCUGGACUCAAUAUACAGUGUAAAAGAGAGUCGGCGCUCGCCAUCGACAGCCCAUUCACCACAACACUCAUGAGUGAGCCAUCGAUGGAAGUGCUCUCCAAUAGUGAUUACGUUGUCUUAAAGCAAAACCAGUACAGUCUGUGGUGUUCGCGAAGUGUCACUCAAACGGAACCGCUAUUUAAGCCAAUUAUCGUGAACGACAGCACAUCGUACGAGUCGUUUGAAUGUCACGGUCUGAUCCAUGGGCUGAUCGGUAUCUUCCAAACGGACAAACUCCUGCUCAUCAAAGAGUGUCAAUCCAUCGGCUCUUUGCCAUCCGAUGACAAUGUAUUCAAAAUACAAAGGAUUGUUAUCAUUGGCCUGUCGUCCGGCGAACCCAUCGGCGACCUCUCAUUAUCAGAUAUUUGA